AUGGCGUCCACGACCAUCACUCCUCUUGCCGCGCUGCGCGCACUGCGCGAGCAUUUGAUCGCUGGAAAAACUGUGUCCGUUGAAGACGAAUUCCUCGUGUUCCAUGACGUUGGCGGUGCAGAGAUUAAUCGUCUGCCCAAGCACAGCGCCACUGCGUAUUACUCAAAGAAGCUGGACAAGAGCUACGACCUCUUGGCCGUGUACACGUGCUUCAAGCACGAAACGUUGAGCUUCAGUGACUAUGUGCUGAAAUGUCGAGAAGAUAAGGCGGCAAUGGUGUCUACUGUGGACAAGAAGGAGAUUGUCGCGUACUUGAAAGGGGACAUUGAGAGCAGUCCACAGAUUUUGGACGCUAAUGGUCAACCUACGACGAAACGAGGUGAAAAAGACCGUCGAAAUGGGGUCAAGAAGACAAGAGACGAGGCAGAAGAUAUCAGAUCGGUCAAAAAGAGAAAAAUGGUGCAAGAAAAAGAGCAACAGCAAUCGAGACCACAGAAACAGGACAAGACACCGCAACAAGUGGAGACGGAAGCGGAAAUGAAGAGAAUUAUGGACAAGGGAUACGUCAUUAGGACAAGAACGACGGUAUUGGAUGCCCAUAAGACCAAGUUUGAUAAUGUAAUCAAGACAUUGGAGCUGGUGAAUGCAGAGACAAAAGAGAAGAUUGAAAAAGCGACGAAAGCUUCGGCUUUAGUGGCGACGACGACAGCGAGAAAAGAACAAUUGCCGAUGCAUCGACUUGUGAAGGAGAAACUUCUGGGUACACCAAUUAUUGUGGUGCCUGCGGGUUUCUCGGACUUGUUUACAAUGCUGAAUGUUAAGGAUUUUCUAGAAGAAGGCGUGUAUGUGCCGAAUAUGCAGAAGAAAGCAGAAGGAAACCGGAAACAACAGUCAAUAAUGAUCACACAUGAAGAGGAUGGACAUGUUUACAAGUUUAAGGUGGUGGACACUGUCAGUCGCUUUCGGGACAAGGACUGGCGCUCUGUUGUUGGGGUCAUUGUGUCGGGACAGUCAUGGCAGUUUAAGGGGUGGAAGUGGAAAUUUCCGCUUGAGUUAUUCAAGAAAGUGUGCGGAGUUUACAUUUACAAUCAGGGCUCCCAGCUAAAUGCUGAGAUCAAGCAGUGGGAUGUGAAAGUGCUUAUGAUCCAUCCAGACAAGCGGCAUUUGGACAAGGUGGCAGCCAAAGAGUUCUGGCGCUACUUAUUUGCUUUCAUGAAGGUGAAGUUGCAGUAA